GGGGGAGAAAGAGCGGCGCACGCGCAGUGGCCGCGGUGCAGGUGCUGCUGCUGGAAGUUGUGGGGAGUGAGUGAGUGAGUGAGUGAGCGCGAGCGAGGGAGCGAGGGGCAGGUGGAGAAAUGGAGUAAAGUUAAAAGCUCCCGGACUGUGUGUGUGUGUGUAUAUACAGUACAGGUGAAACUAAAACAUACAUCUAUGUAAAGUCGUUGUUUCAGUUCCGCUGUUAGUUUGGUUUGAAGCGGAGGGAGGAGUGAGUGAGUGAGUGUGUGUUUGCGGUGGGGACGGGCCGUCAGUUAUGAAAAUGGACCAAAAUUUGUAAGAUUGCACAUCACCCGAAGAUAGAUGCUGACCUACAGUGGAUAGUGAAACUUAUCAAUUUUUUAUGAGUUCCAUAUAAUGAACCUUUUGCUAUGGAAAGUGACUCCCUCGAAGGCUUUCAUGAAGUGAACUUAGCUUCACCUUCCUCUCCGGAUUUCAUUGUUCUGUCGCAGUUGGAGGCCACAGAAACCGAAGGGCUACCUUACCAACCUUUCUCGCUGGUGAGCUCAACUCCAGCCCAACCCAAUGCACUGAAUGCUGAAGAUCUUCCAACACAACCAAUUUAUUCAUCCCCUAAACAUAUUGCCAGUGGAGAAUUUAGAGAUGUCAGUGCAAAUGACUCUGACAAUCAAAUGUCGAUAUCAUAUGCAAGAUCUGGAUCUCAGCAUGACCCAGCAAAAGAGGACAGAUCAAGUGAGAACAUUAGCCAUCGGGCAGAGGUGGAAUUUUUACAAGGUGUAGCAAAUGAAGUUCAGGAAGGAUCAGAAGAUGUCCUUGGGCGAAGUACAGACAGUCUAUCUCAUUUGAGGAGCCCAUUUGUACAGGAAGUAAGGGAGAAGGGCUAUGAAAGGUUAAAGGAAGAACUUGCUAAGGCUCAGAGGGAACUGAAAUUAAAAGAUGAAGAAUGUGAGCGAUUAUCCAAAGUAAGAGACCAAUUGGGCCAAGAACUGGAAGAACUUACAGCUAGUUUAUUUGAGGAAGCUCAUAGAAUGGUACGAGAAGCAAAUGUCAAACAAGCUGCAGCAGAGAAACAGUUAAAAGAAGCACAAGGCAAGAUUGAUGUACUGCAAGCUGAAGUGGCAGCUUUGAAAACUCUGGUCCAAUCAUCACCAACUUCACCUUCCAAGGAUCUCCAGCCCAGUGUAAAAAUUCCUUUUAAAAAAGGACAUGGCCGAAAUAAAAGUACAAGUGCUAUGCUCAGCAAUAGUCAAGAACUGAAUGUGAUGCAACCUAUUGUAAGGGAUUGCAAGGAGGUUGAUUUGCUUCUGUUUGGUGAAUUUAAAGUGUGGAAAGAAGAGCCUGCAAUGGAUAGAGCCUGCUGUUUUUUAGAUAGAAUCUAUAAAGAAGACAUCUAUCCUUGCUUAACAUUUUCAAAAAGUGAGCUGGCUUCAACCAUUCUAGAAGCUGUGGAAAGUAAUACCCUAAGCAUUGAGCCGGUUGGUUUUCAGUCUCUUCCCGUUGUGAAAGCUUCUGCAAUGGAGUGUGGUGGACCCAAUGGAUGGAGAGCUGAAAUUGUAACAAAGUGUGCUCUGAGUGGUCAAACUAAAACCUGUAAACACCGAAUUAAAUUAGGGGAUUCCAGUAGCUACUACUAUGUGUCACCAUUUUGUAGAUAUAGGAUUAUGUCUGUAUGCAACUUCUUCACUUAUAUUCGGUAUAUUCAGCAGGGAUUAGUUAAACAACAGGAUGUUGAACAGAUGUUCUGGGAAGUGAUGCAUCUGAGAAAAGAAAUGUCACUAGCCAAACUGGGAUUUUACAAGGAGGAACUCUGAGAUACAAGUCACAAAAAUGCAUGAGCUUUAAAGAGUGAUCAAUACUAACGUGGUUUAAAAACUGCAUUGUACCUAAUAUUUAUUUUCCUUGUCGCUGGUCAACAAUCCCUUAGCUUUUUCCAACAGCUGCACUUAAUAAGUGCUGUAAUAGCUAUAAAGUGAGAAGGAACUAAAAGCACUCCUUUUUUGGUGUAAGCAUUUACUUUUGGCAUUUAAGAACUGUUUGAGCAUUUACAACUGUAUCAGUGGCGUUGCAUAGAAAAUGAGUUUGUGGGUGUAAUGAGAGCUGCUGAAAUAAAUUUUGACCUCAGUUUUGUGAAA